AUGAGGUUUACUCGCGCUUCGUCAAGUUUAAGAACCUGGAUAAGAAAACGUAAGUGGCGGUCGAUAUUGCGUCUAUCAAUCAUUUUACUAACGGCAAUUGAUGUUAGUGAGGCGUUGUUGCUGCUGUACGGCCUGAUGGACACCGCUCCGCCUCCACUGCACACCGAGGAGGUUCACCACCGUCCAGAAUUUGCAGCUACAAGCAUGGACAAUUACUCGACAGCACCUACACCUAUUGAUGUCGACAGCUCGAUGUCUGAGGGCUA